CCAUAGAGGCUGACUGCAAACUGGAACCCAGGACUGCAGACUUCCAGCUCCCAUUUUUUCUUUUCCAUCAGCCUCAGGCGAGGGAGGCAGAGGCCAGGGCUUUGUGGAUUAUGGUGCCUGGACAGGGGAGCCACAUGGGUAGCUGGAAGCCCCUUGUACCCACUACUGUGGGAGCAGCAUAGGGUAUAACUGGGGAGAGCGCCAGUGCUUCCAACAGUGGUAAACGUGGGCUCCCUUGAGGAUUCUGUGCUACCUUCAAACACCCUGUUUAUGGGGGUCAGAGGCCACGGAUCCUCCCGCUUCCUCCCUGUGUCCCUUCUCUGCUCAGAGGGCUGAGGCUGUGACUGGGCUCCCAGGCACAGGAUGGGCCGUGGCCUGACCGAGCUCCUGAUGCUCCCGAUCUCUGCCCAACAGCCAUCCACCUGCCCCUGCCAUGGAGACCUUCUUUAGGAGACACUUCCAGAGGAAGGCGCCAGGCACUGGGGAGGGGCAGCGGCGGCCCAGCGGCGUGGGGCUGCCCACAGGCAAGGUCCGACGCCGCUCCCCUGCCGGGCAGGCCUCCUCCUCGCUGCUCCAGCGGCGCCGCUCCAGCGCGCAGCUCCACGGCUGCCUCCUGGGCUGUGGGGUGGGGACCCGGGGCACCAGCCGCCGGCGCUCCAGCACCGUGCCCCCUGCCUGCAACCCCCGCUUCCUCGUGGAUGAGGUGCCCACCCCACAGCCUGCUGCUGUUGGGGCGCAGCUUCUGGGCACGCGCCUGCUGUUGGCUGGGCUUAUGGGCACGAAUGAGGAGGAGGAGACAGCUCAGGAGGAAGACGUGACAGCUGCACCGUUGAGUGCCACCCAGCCAGGCACCAGGAGACCAGGCCCAUCCUCACACCGGGGCACCCUGCUGCCUGUGCCUCGCUACCUGCGCCGUCGCCGUGCCUCCUCCCACCUGCUCCCCGCUGACGCGGUGUACGACCGUGCCCUCUGGGGCCUGCACGGUUACUACCGGCGCCUCAGCCAGCAGUGGCCCCCAGGCCAACACCCUGGCUCUGGGGGUCGAAGAGCCUCAGGCACCACAGCUGGCCCUGUGAUGCCUGCUCGUGUGCGCCCGCUGUCCCGCAGGCGUCAGGUAGCCCUACGGCGCAAGUCAGCGGGACCCCAGACCUGGAGUGCCCUGCUUGCGAAAGCCAUCACCAAGUCGGGCCUCCAGCACCUGGCACCCCCUCCUCCCGCUCCCGGGGCCCUGUGCAGCGAGCCAGAGCGGCAGAUCCGGAGCACUGUGGACUGGAGCGAGUCCGCGACCUAUGGGGAGCACAUCUGGUUCGAGACCAACGUGUCAGGGGACUUCUGCUAUGUUGGGGAGCAGUACUGUGUAGCGAAGAUGCUGAAAUCAGUGUCCCGGAGAAAGUGUGCAGCCUGCAAGAUCGUGGUGCACACCCCCUGCAUUGAGCAACUGGAGAAGAUAAAUUUCCGCUGUAAGCCGUCCUUCCGUGAAUCAGGCUCCAGGAACAUCCGUGAGCCAACAUUUGUGCGCCACCACUGGGUACACAGGCGACGCCAGGAUGGCAAGUGUCGGCACUGUGGGAAGGGCUUCCAGCAGAAGUUCACCUUCCACAGCAAGGAGAUCGUGGCCAUCAGUUGCUCCUGGUGCAAGCAAGCAUACCACAGCAAGGUGUCCUGCUUCAUGCUGCAGCAGAUCGAGGAGCCGUGCUCCCUGGGGGUCCACGCUGCCGUGGUCAUCCCACCCACCUGGAUCCUUCGUGCUCGAAGGCCCCAGAAUACCCUCAAGGCAAGCAAGAAGAAAAAGAGAGCAUCCUUUAAGAGGAAAUCUAGCAAGAAAGGGCCAGAGGAGGGCCGCUGGAGACCCUUCAUCAUCAGGCCCACCCCGUCCCCCCUCAUGAAGCCCCUGCUGGUGUUUGUGAACCCCAAGAGUGGGGGCAACCAGGGCGCUAAGAUCAUCCAGUCCUUCCUGUGGUAUCUCAAUCCCCGACAAGUCUUUGACCUGAGCCAGGGAGGGCCCAAGGAGGCGCUGGAGAUGUACCGCAAAGUACACAACCUGCGGAUCCUGGCGUGCGGAGGCGACGGCACGGUCGGCUGGAUCCUCUCCACCCUGGACCAGCUGCGCUUAAAACCACCGCCGCCCGUUGCCAUUCUGCCCCUGGGCACUGGCAAUGACUUGGCCCGUACCCUCAACUGGGGAGGGGGCUACACGGAUGAGCCCGUGUCCAAGAUCCUCUCCCACGUGGAGGAGGGGAAUGUAGUGCAGCUAGACCGCUGGGACCUCCGUGCUGAGCCCAACCCCGACGCGGGGCCCGAGGAGCGUGACGAGGGCGCCACUGACCGGCUGCCCCUGGAUGUCUUCAACAACUACUUCAGCCUGGGCUUCGAUGCCCACGUCACCCUGGAGUUUCACGAGUCUCGAGAGGCCAACCCAGAGAAAUUCAACAGCCGCUUUCGAAAUAAGAUGUUCUACGCCGGGACAGCCUUCUCCGACUUCCUGAUGGGCAGCUCUAAGGACUUGGCCAAGCACAUCCGAGUGGUGUGUGAUGGAACCGACCUGACCCCCAAGAUCCAGGACCUGAAGCCCCAGUGCAUUGUUUUCCUGAAUAUUCCCAGGUACUGCGCAGGCACCAUGCCCUGGGGCCACCCUGGGGAGCACCACGACUUUGAGCCCCAGCGGCAUGAUGAUGGCUACCUCGAAGUCAUUGGCUUUACCAUGACGUCCCUGGCAGCGCUGCAGGUGGGCGGGCACGGUGAGCGGCUGACACAGUGCCGCGAGGUGGUGCUCACCACGUCUAAGGCCAUCCCGGUGCAGGUGGAUGGCGAGCCCUGCAAACUCGCGGCCUCUCGUAUUCGCAUCGCCCUGCGCAACCAGGCCACCAUGGUGCAGAAGGCCAAGCGGCGGAGUGCCGCCCCCUUGCAUAGCGACCAGCAGCCUGUGCCUGAGCAGCUGCGGAUCCAGGUGAGCAGAGUCAGCAUGCAUGACUACGAGGCCCUGCAUUACGAUAAGGAGCAGCUCAAGGAGGCCUCCGUGCCACUGGGCACCGUGGUGGUCCCAGGAGACAGCGACCUAGAGCUCUGCCGGGCGCACAUUGAGAGGCUCCAGCAGGAGCACGAAGGUGCUGGAGCCAAGUCCCCCACCUGCCAGAAACUGUCCCCCAAGUGGUGCUUCCUGGACGCCACCACUGCCAGCCGCUUCUACAGGAUCGACCGGGCCCAGGAACACCUCAACUAUGUGACUGAGAUCGCACAGGAUGAGAUUUAUAUUCUGGACCCUGAGCUGCUGGGGGCAUCGGCCCGGCCUGACCUCCCAACCCCCACUUCCCCUCUUCCCACCUCCCCCUGUUCACCCACACUCCGGUCACUGCCAGGGGAUGUGGCACCCCCCAAAGGUGAAGAGCUGAUUGAGGCCGCCAAGAGGAACAACUUCUGUAAGCUCCAGGAGCUGCACCGAGCUGGGGGCGACCUCAUGCACCGGGACGAGCAGAGCCGCACGCUCCUGCACCAUGCGGUCAGCACGGGCAGCAAGGAAGUGGUCCGCUACCUGCUGGACCACGCGCCCCCAGAGAUCCUUGAUGCUGUGGAGGAGAAUGGGGAGACCUGUCUGCACCAGGCAGCGGCCUUGGGCCAGCGUACCAUCUGCCACUACAUCGUGGAGGCUGGGGCCUCUCUCAUGAAGACAGACCAGCAGGGCGACACCCCCCGGCAGCGGGCCGAGAAGGCUCAGGACACCGAGCUCGCCGCCUACCUAGAGAACCGGCAGCACUACCAGAUGAUCCAGCGGGAGGACCAAGAGACGGCUGUGUAGCUGUGAGGCUGACACCAGGGCAGCGAGGAGGGACAGGGCCAGCCUGAGGACGAGCCCCCUCAUCUCCCACCUCACUGCCACAUUCCAGUCGGACUACCACGGGGGGACCCAUGCCCCAGGGAAGGAGCCCCGUGCUGCUCCCUGAGGAGCCACCCGCCCCGGACGAGGGUUGGACUCUGAGGAGCUGGGGGAUCUCCCCUGUCCCCCUGAGGCCCCAGCCUGACCCAGGGCCUACGGGGGAACAGGAAACUGGACUGGGCUGGGCAGGCCUUUGGGGGACUGGGGCUGGACCACUUCAGGGCAGCCCUCGCCCUCACCGCAGCAGGUGCCCUCGUGGGGUUUAGGAGUAGAGGGGGAGGGCAGAGGGGCUUGAGGCCCUAUCAGGGAGCCUUCAGGAAGAGGCUUCCUAAGCCACCUGCUCCUUUAGGGCCCCCACCCUGGGCCUCCUGGCAGCUUGGGCCCUCUCUCCUGCCCCGACUCCACCCUUCCCAGGGCUUCCUUCCAGAAACAGAGCCUGCUGCAUUUGCCUGCCCGCUGCCCUGCUUGGCACCUACCCCUGGUGACCCUCCCUAUGUACUCAGUCAUUUCAUCGCCGCCCGACUGUGUGGCCUGGGGGUUGGAGUGGGGCUCUCGUGGUGACAUGUUUACAGCUGGGUGUGACUCAGUAAAGUGGAUUUUUUUCCUUUC